CCUAGUGACUAGUCAGUGACUAUUGAACAUCGCUACGCAGUGGUGGUGCUUCAAAACGCGCGUUCUGCCGUCUCACUUGUGGUUUGGGUCACAUUCCACGAGCGCGUGCCGACUUAAAGACCCUAUGCCAACCUCAUGCUGCAUAGCUUCGCUCGACUUGGCCAGGAUGGUGUUUGUUUUUGAACCCGCCAUGUGCUGAUUGCGGAGAUUUGGUGGCAGCAUCCGAGUGCCCAAAGUGUUCUUCUGGAGAAGGGGCAGCAAGACAGCCGUAGAAACACAGUGCAUGUGAACAAUGUGCCUGUGCCCUGCCCUGUGCGGUGUGUUUGUGUUUUUGUGUUGGCUGCAAAUGCCUUCAGUACAAUGUCCGUCAGGGCCCGAGCACCGGUGGUGCAUGCGUUUCCAACACUUGUUCGUCACUUGUUGUCACUAGUGGGUGACAACACCUGCAUCGAUAACACCGAGCGGUAGGACAAAGGCCUAAACCCAAGCGCAAUGUGGUGCAAGAGCCCAUUAUUGGUGCAAAAUGCCAUUGAAUCGAUUCCUCGAGUGCCCAGAGUUAUGCCACAAUGAAAGCGUCUCGUAGGGCCACACUUGCAGAUAGGAUACUGACUCAAAAGUGCUAUUACGGGAAAUGAGACGCACACAAAACUAAGUACGAACCGCCAGUGGGUAGUUCACAGACGAAUAGCAGGUGAAAAGUAAAAUCUUUUAGCGCCCAGGCUGACGAGGGACACCCUUGCAGUGCCCAACAUUGAUUUGUAGAUACGAUACUGUGCCUCUGAGCGUGCUCCCAGGCGUAUCCAAACUUGUGCCAUGAUCCCAGGUUCUUCGAAGUGUCGUGGGGCAGCGAAACGCGAAAUCCUCGAGCCGCAUUAUGGAACCUAGUUACAUGUGACGCAGUAAUAUAAUGUGAAUUUUCGAAAGUGCCAUACGAUAAUUUAUACAUCAUCCACACAUAUUUGUUCUAUAAGUAUAUCUAACAUGCAAACGGCUUACAAAGCAGUCUUUGUUGCACCUAGUCAAGGAGUACAACUCAGAGAUGCGCAAUCUCAACCGGGUUCUGUGAGGAAAGAGACGACAUAUAGAAAUGGCUUAGUAGACGCUAAUUAUUAAAAAAAAUAUCGUUACAAUGAUUGGGCAGCAAUAAAAGAAGUGGAGACCGCCGAUAUGCCGAUAUGCCGCCUCCUGGAGAAGAACAAUCGAAUGAGAAGGAACGCUCCGAUCUAGAGAUGAUUAAACAACUUCAAUUAAUCCGAAGUCGAUUACUAUGUCAGACCCAUUACGUUAGCAUGACCGACAUAGAUGCAAGUGCUCAACAGCAACAACACCUCCAAAACGUGCAGAGGUUGCAACACGAAAGCUGCCUUCAGGAGUUGCAUAAUCAACUAAACAGCCAGUUUGGGACAGCUCGAUUUGCGGCACCGAAUCCUCACCAUCAGCAGCAGGCAGUUUCAAUAACUUCCGGAAACUUGGUUCCAUUUCUUCCGGCCUUCCUUCAACCCCCAAUGCCUGCUCAACAACUUUUGCAGCUAAUUCCCGGCCAUGCGAGCCCCCAAACCGUCGCCCACCACGGUCACCCGCUAAAUGAGCCAUCCAGCGCACACAAAAUGGCUCUGGCUCCUAUGUGGUCCACUGCGGCGGUGGCGGCUGCGCACAUUCAGGCCGCUCUGGCGGCUGCAGCGGUAGCAGCUGCCAAUAAUAAUAAAAGCAGCAACAAUUUUUCUAGCAACAACAACGUACUGCCUUCAUCGGCCAGUGUUAAUGAGCCAUCGAACGCAGACUCCUCCGCCUCUCUACCGUUAAUGGAGAUCGGAGAAAUGAAAAGGGGCGGGAAUGGAGGAGCCUGCUUGUCAAGGCCAGAGUCCCCAGCAUACGAAAACCCACCUUAUUCAAUCCUCUCUUAUAGCCACAACACACCUCCGGAAUCGCCACAUGGUCGAACAGCUGAAUGUCCCAAGAACUUUCCACCAUCGCCGACGGACAAUCACAGCAUGGCAAGCCUAUCCGAAGCCCAAGACUCGGAAAUGGAUGCUCCAUUGAAUCUCAGUAAGCCAAAGGGAUCGCCCAGUUCUUCGCCGAACAGUUCUUCUCAAAGGGACCACAGCGAAAGCCUUACUCCCGUGGUGUCCAGUCCACCCCUUAGCUGGCAUCAAGGGCAAAAACAUUAUGCCGAGAUAGAGUCGCCUCUUUUAAAGAGUCAUGGGAGAGUAUGGAACUCAGCUGUCCUCGGUUCGGGAGGAUCACGUGCAACGCGCAUGAGUCGCGACUCGGUAAAUAGCUGUGGCACAAAUUCAGAACGAUCUGCUGCUCUGGACCCUGAAAGCAUCAACACAGGUCAAAUUGGCUCCGUACCUCCGUCACCGUCAUCACACCCUCUAAGGCAAGGCAAUGGUCAUGGGCAUGGACACGGCCAUAGCCACGGGCACGGGCACAGCAAGCCGCAUAUAAAGAGACCCAUGAACGCGUUCAUGGUGUGGGCAAAGGAUGAACGGAGAAAGAUAUUGAAGGCAUGCCCGGAUAUGCAUAACUCGAAUAUAUCGAAAAUUCUGGGUGCUCGCUGGAAAGCAAUGUCUAAUGCCGACAAGCAGCCAUAUUACGAAGAACAGUCAAGGCUCUCGAAACUUCACAUGGAACAGCAUCCCGAUUAUCGCUACAGACCACGACCAAAGCGCACCUGCAUCGUGGAUGGCAAAAAGAUGCGUAUUUCCGAGUAUAAAGUCCUGAUGCGUAAUCGGCGGGCUGAGAUGAGGCAGCUUUGGUGCCGGACAAGCGGAGUCAGUGGUGGCUCGGGAAGUGCCUGCGUCGAUGCCUGUCCAAAGGGACACCCCGGGGGAUCAAAUGCCCAAACAGCAGUCGCAGCCGCUGCAGCUGUAUACCAUUUGCAGGAUAUGGCAUCUGCAGCGGGUUCUACCGUUCACGGCAACGACUGUGGGCACACGCCCCCUCAACAGUUCUUCUAUCCUCCAGAAAGCUUAUCGCCCUCCGGCUUUUCUUCCGACGAAGGAGAAUUGCCAACUCAGCGUGAUCUGGACGAUUAAGAGGCGAUUACCAAAAGCCAACAACGGGAUAGUGACAAUUCUGACUAGACGUACUAGUUCGCCCCACUGAAAAUGAGGAAAAUAAUCAAAUAUAAUCAGCUUUGUAAAUACAAAACGGUUAGGAUAGUCACUGUUUGAUUUAGCCAUAUAAGUUUCAGUUCAAGUGCCAUUACACGCGUAUAAAUAUAGAUAAUUUGUGAAACCAUAGUUACCAAGACAUUCGGUCUUGGGAACCUUGCAAUUUUUGUGCCAUUUACGCACCAAUGCUGUAGCCAUAGAAAUUCAAUCCAGUUUAGACGUACUCAAAUAGAUAGUAUCGUUAAAUAUUUGUAAAAUAUACACACUUAAUUAGAUUCAUAUGUAAAUGUCAAAUUUGUAUGCGUCCAAAUACUCGAACGUAGUGUAAUAGAAGCCACUAAAAUACAUAAGUAUGCAUAUAUUCACUUAGUCGUAUAUUUUAAUGAUUACUUUCGAGUUAAUUAUAUAAAAUGACGUGUGUAUAUUCAGUAAACACAUCGCUAUGUUGUUAUAAUAACUUAAUAGUAUUCCUAUUCCGGCAGUAAGCCGAUUUUUCAUAUUGCUGGUGUUUAUUAUGCUGGUGAUCUUAAAUACAUAUUUUCAAAAUAAAAUUCACAAAAUGUAUUGUGUUUGAAAAAAAUGUCAAAAUGUGCAAUCAGUAAAAAUAUAAUUUACAGCUAACCUAAUUAAUUUUCAACUUUACCAAUGCAAUCGAAUCAAAAUGCGCAUGCUCUAAAAUAUAAAUUUUAAACUGUU